CUUAGUUCCCUUGCCUUCAUUUACAAUCUUCCCUCACCAAACAAACUAGUAGCCCAUUAAACAUGUUGAAACAAGAGAGUAACUGGUCACAAACCUGUGACACAUGCCGUUCAGCUGCCUGCACUGUCUACUGCCGAGCUGAUUCUGCCUACUUAUGCACAAACUGUGACGCUCAAGUCCAUGCAGCCAAUCGUCUUGCUUCCCGCCACGAACGUGUUAGAGUCUGUGAGUCAUGUGAGCGAGCACCGGCUGCCUUUUUCUGCAAGGCAGAUGCUGCUUCCUUAUGCACAGCUUGUGAUUCACAGAUUCAUUCCGCAAACCCACUUGCUAGACGCCACCAACGUGUUCCAAUUCUCCCAAUCUCUGGCAGUUCAAUGGUAACUAACCAUUCAAGUGAGACAACAGAGCCAGAGAACAUAGUCUUGGUGGGUCAAGAAGAGGAAGAUGAAGCAGAGGCGGCUUCUUGGUUGUUGCCUAGCUCAGUGAAAAACUGUAGUGACAACAACAACAUCAACAACAGUCAGGACAAUAGGUUCUCGGUUGGUGAAGAGUAUCUAGACCUUGUGGAUUACAAUUCGAGUAUGGAUAAGCGAACCAAUCAGUAUCAACAAGACUACAACGUACCACAGAGGAGCUACGUGGCAGAUGGGGUUGUUCCACUUCAAGUUGAAGUAUCAAAACUUCACAUGCACCACGAGGAACACAACUUUCAGUUUGGUUUCACAAAUGUCUCCUCAGAAGCUUAUGGAAGCUCCAUUGGCUCCCCAAGUCUUAUGGUGAGUCUUGUGCCAGAGUCGACAUUGAGUGACACAACAGUAUCACACCCACGAUCUCCCAAAGUGGUGAGAGAGGAGCUACCUGAGGGGGCUCCAGUUCAGAUGCUGAGUCCAAUGGAGAGAAAGGCUAGGGUGAUGAGAUACAGAGAGAAGAAGAAGACAAGGAAGUUUGAGAAGAGGAUUAGGUAUGCUUCAAGGAAAGAGUAUGCAGAGAAAAGACCAAGGAUCAAAGGCCGUUUUGCAAAGAAGAAUGAAGUUGAUGCAGCAGACCAAGGUUUCUCCACAAUGGCAGUGUUUGACACAGGAUAUGGAAUUGUUCCUUCAUUCUGAUAAUACAUCCUAUGGCAUGAACUAUAGAUUGGUUGCUUGUAAAUUCAUUACUGGUUUGAAUUCCUUAGAAAUUAUCACUACUGUAAUGCUAUAUAGGUCUCUAUUUUUUUGUCUAACUAGUACGAAUUAAUUAGAUAUAUAUUUAUAUUUUGCUCUUGUAGUUAAAUCAAAUUAGCACACAUAGUUACCAUCCUUUAGUCUUUAC